AUGGCGAAACUGGACGAUUUUCUAGGAAAGAAAAAGGAAACUGCUCCGAUUUUGGAUUUAUCCAAGACUGCGUGCAACUCGAAAGAAGAAUUCCGACGUCUUCUGGAAAAGGUACCCGAUUUCAAAAUUAAACCCGAAAAAGCUGAAACUGUCAAGAUUAAAGAUAAAAAUUUCAAAUUCAAAUCGGGCAAAAAAGAUUUAAAGAAUCUCAAGGAACCGUAUUUAUUUAUGAAUCCUUUGCCGGUGGAAAUGCAAAAAUUGAAAAUUAGCGAUUUGGCUGAAGUAACUAUCGAUUGGAAAAUGCUAACAACGUUAAGACCCAAGAAUAAAGUUGAGGAAAAUUAUUUUUCAAGGUUGGUGGAACUAGGCAAACUUCAAAAUAAAAGCCGAGCUGCUGAAAAACGACAAUUUCAAAUGGAUCCUCAAAUAAGAAAAAGCAAAAACAAAGCUGGGGUAGUUGAAAUGCGUGUGGUGUCUUGUGCGGAAUGUGGAGAGGAUUUUUGCAAUGGUAAAAUGUGUAGCAAAUUUGGAUACGAUUCCUUUGCCCAUCAAACCGAAGUACCCAAAACUGCUCAAAAAAUCGUAUCACCUGAUUCAGGGGAAAAAGGCAAAAAGAAGCUAACAAAACGAAAAUCUCGCUCCAAAAGCAAAUCCAAAGGGAGCAAAGGGACAGCGAAAUCCAAAUCAAAAAGCCCAAGAAAGAAGAGUCCUUUGAAAACAAAAAGGAAGUAA